AUGAGACUCAUUGGAAUUGUUACGGCUUUGAGCCCGGCCACGGUCAUGGCCUUGUCCAUCAGCGGCCGUGCAUCUUUUCUAGAAUCCGGAGCAGGACCGAGCCUCACCGAGACUUUCGAGGGUCUUGCAAAGCUUGGUGUUCUCAACGGCUCCGGUUGCUCGAUCAACGAGGACGAACUGGCUGAACAGAAACGCGCAAACCAAGACGGGAGCUGUGCCAAUAACCAGCAAGAGGUUGAUGCCGCCCUCGCAAGUUGCGCCCAGCUAGCAAAGAAAGCCGAGCAGGCGGCCAGAGAAGGAUCAUCGAUUUUUGAGGGUUACUUCAAGACCAACGAUCCCGAACAAGUGGCACAACACUUUGCCAGGAUUGCUGACGGUUGCGGCCAUGGCGGGAACCAACCCAUCACCAUUGAGUGCACCCCGAACGAGCCAUGCACUCUUCCGCAAACCGGCAACCUGGAGCUGGCGGCAGUAGCAACCAUCAAAUCGAGCGGUCCGGGCCAUAUACGGCUCUGCCGCAGCGCCUUUCGCAUGUCCUCGGGUGGCCGUCAGCGCCGACAAAACCUGGGCCAGGGCCCGGGCUGCGGAGAGAAUCUGGACAACAUGGGCGAGUUACUCGUACACGAGAUGUCCCAUACCACGGUGGCGUCGCGUGAUGUUGCAUAUGGCAAACGAAAUGCCCUGAGCCUUUCGACAGAGCAGAGUCUAAGCAAUGCCGAAAACUACGCACUCUUUGCCCGAGACGCUGCAAAUAACUGUGGCGGCGCAGGACCUGGUAAUGGGAACCAGCCGCCAAACGACUUCCCGGGUUCCAACAACAGGCCUCCUAAUGGCUUCCCGGGAUCGAAUAAUGGGCCUCCCAAUGGCUUCCCGGGUUCGAAUAAUGGGCCUCCUAAUGGCUUCCCGGGUUCGAAUAACGGGCCUCCCAAUGGCUUCCCGGGUUCAAAUAAUGGGCCUCCUAAUGGCUUCCCUGAUUCGAAUAAUGGGCCUCCUAACGGCUUCCCGGGUUCUAAUAACGGGCCUUCCAAUGGCUUCCCGGGUUCUAAUAACGGGCCUCCCAAUGGCUUCCCGGGGUCGAAUAAUGGGCCUCCUAAUGGCUUUCCCGGCAAUAAUAACGGACCCCCAAAUACCUUCCCCGGUUUCGAUAACCAGCCCCCCAACGGCCCCCCCGGAAGCAAUAACUUUCAGCCGGGAGGAAACAACAAUGGCUUUGACUUCGACCCUAGCAUUCUAUCUGACCUGCUUGGAUCCAACGAUUUUUUGACGUGA